AGGGGAAGAGAGGGGUCCGCUGCCCGCUCCGCGCCCCAGCCGUGGGCUCUGAGGCCCCUACACGUCCAGCCCUCGCUGCGAGCGUCUCUCAGGGUCGUAAGGAACAGGGAGGCUCCGAGGGCCAGAAACGCGGACAGAAAGCCAAGGUGGCCGCGUCGGCAGCGCGAGCAGGGGAGGGGGGCCGAGACGGCCCCGGCGCGCCUGGAGUUUAGCGCCGGUGUUUUAAGAUUGAGUCCCGCGCAGCCUGCGAGCGGCGGAAACGCAAAGGAGGUCGCGGCAGCUCUGGAGGCUGCCUGUGGCCACUUAGUGGGGGAUGAUAAUAUUUUAUACCCGCGCGAACUGGAUUUCCUUCCAGGAGAAGCCGGUGUCACGGACCGGUGUCAAGGCUGGAAGGGUUCAAGUUUGGGAGUCGGUUAUAUGUGAUAAUCGUGCUGCCGCUCCACUCCCUACCCUGUGCAACUUUGGGCAAGUUACAUAACCACCAUUACCACCUUCCCGGUUUCUUCCGUGAAAUGGAACGAUAGUGCCUCCGCAGCAGGGCAGUUGCAAAAACUCAAUACGUGGACUUGCCUCAAGUGUUAAUUCCCUUCUUCCUCUUGGUCGAAGGCCUGUUACCUUGUACCCUUCUGCUUUGGGAACCCAAACCUUUAGUGUUUCAGAAGACAAAGAAAAUUACAUUUAUGCAGUGGAUCGUGUUGUAAGCAGCUCUCAGGAUGAAGACAAGCUCUGUAGGAAUACACCAUUUAUCGAGGGGCCCAUGAACAGAAUUUUGUGAGAAAUUGAAGCAAGAAACUGACCUGGCUCAGACCCAUUCAGGUGUUAGAAAACAGCCCCAUGCCUGGAGGUUACGGAGUGAUGGGCGACGAUGGCUCUAUGGAUUACAGUGUUCAUGAGGCCUGGAACGAAGCCACCAAUGUUUACUUGGUAGUGAUCCUUGUUAGCUUUGUUCUCUUCAUGUAUGCCAAGAGGAACAAAAGGAAAAUUAUGAGGAUAUUCAGUGUGCCCCCUACAGCAGAAACUUUAUCAGAGCCCAGCUUUUAUGACACAAUAAGCAAAAUUCGUUUAAGACAGCAACUGGAAAUGUAUUCCAUUUCAAGGAAGUAUGACUAUCAGCAGCCACAAAACCAAGCUGACAGUGUGCAACUCUCACUGGAAUGAAAGGACAGAAAAUGAACAACAUAAGUAAUUGUUCCACAGUCUGGUCGCAAGCUCCUGAAUAGACUAAAUCAUGAACAGCAUUUUUUUAGACCCUAUCUCCAUAAAAUCAUUUUACUUAUGACUUUUCCCCAAUUUUUUGUGUUUUGUUUUGCUUUUUAAAAUUGCAUCACCAAGUCAUUUGUUAUACUUUUUUUUUUAAGAUGUCAAAAUGUAUGGACACAGAGAGUCUGAACAUACUUAGAAAUUAACUGGAGAUGGUGAUUUUUACCUUGUGAAAACCUUUGGUUUCUUCAGGAUACGAUCAGUCAGGAUUAAAAAUAUAUCUUUGGAGGUGAGAAUCUGGAGCUUGUGCCACUUUGAUAUGAACGUCUUUGCAAAAUUAAGUAAAAAUCCAUUCACUGGAAUAACAUCCUCUUCAAUAGUAUUCUGUGAUGAAUGUAAUACAGAUAAUGGACAAAUUUGUGUUCUUACUGCUGUUGUGACCACACUCGAAUUGAAUUACCUAUCUUUGUUCUUCAGAAUUUACACAGGAGACUGUCUUUUCUACUAUCCUCAUGAAACAAACCCUUUUGCUAAUCGGGGAAGCUUCCUGUGAUUGGAAUGUUUUCCCUUGAUUGCGUUCCCGGGAGUUUGUUUGCCUUUCUUUUUUAAUCCCACGGUUUCAUUUCCACCAGAAGAGUCUUCUUUGGACCAUGCUGGGGCCAUGCUGCCAAAUAAAUGGGCACCUCUCUACUGCUGUGCGCAACUUGCCUUUUUGGUCAUAUGACACUCAAGUUUAAUGUAACUGUCUGGGCACUUACACUUGUUUAGCAUAAUAAGCCUCCCUGAAGACUCUCAUAUCUUGUAGCAUUUUGUGCCAUACAUUGAAAUUUUUUUACCUAAUUUUUCAUAUUUAUUUAAAUAAAAAUUGGUGGGAGGUAAUAACAGGGAAAUUUCCCUGUCCACUCAACUGUCCAAGAAUUAGCUUUUGAAUCAAAACUAUUCUUAAUUUUAAGUGUAGAGUUAAAGCACUGUUUCCUUUUUCUUUAUAAUUGCGCAGUAAAGAACAUAAAUUUUAAAGUUGAGACCAAAUAAAAUUAUUGAGGGAAAUUGCAUUUGCUUUUAUAUUUUGAUUAUAUUAUUCAAAAAUGUCUAUCUUCUACAAAGUGAGUUGUUGAUGAAAUGGAAUAAUUCUUGACUCACAAAUGAGCUGGAGUGCACUGCCAAUACAUAGCAUAAAAAACUGACUACAGGAUUGUAAACAGUUAUAAUUAUGGGCGGGGGGGGGGGAGCAGAGCAGCACGGGGACGAUCUUCUUAAGCUUUGCUUUGCUCUCAGGAAAACCACCGUGUAUUUCUGUGAGCAGGAAGUGUAAUCGGGAGCAGGAGCAGUUUACUUAUGUCACUGACAUGUUACACAAUCCAGACAAAUUACCAAAACUGGCUAUUUCAGAUGACUUGUAAAAAUAGUGUACAUAAAUAAAUGUAAAUCACAAUGAAA